AUGGCUUCAGCAAAAGAAGAUAAUAAACACCAGGGGAUUGGCAUAGUUGGUGCUGGUUUAGUUGGAUGUUUAGCUGCUUUGGCUUUCGCAGCCAAGGGGUUUUCAGUGACUUUGUUUGAAUUACGUCCUGAUCCAAAGGAAGUUACGAACGAAAAGAAUCUUAGAUCCAUUAAUUUGGCAGUUAGUGAUCGUGGUAUCAGGGCAUUAAAAUAUGUCGAUGCAGAAAUGGCCGAUAGGGUUUUGGAGCACGUUAUUCCUAUGACGGGUAGAAUGAUUCAUGAUUUAUCGGGAAAGAAGCAAGAAUCCCAGGCAUACGGUUUAUUUGGGGAGAGCAUCAACUCUAUAGACAGAUCAUUUUUGAAUGACUGCCUAUUAGAUGAAAUAAGGCAUUCUGAUAUUAACGUUCAUUUCAAUCAUAAAUUAAUAAGGCUAGAUAACUUAUCUAGUGAAGAGAAGUCACCAAAAAUGACUUUUUUAGAUAACUCGGAAUCUACUGAAUCCAAGAUGAAAUCCUACGAAUUUGAUUACAUUAUUGGAGCUGACGGAGCACAUUCUCAAUUUAGAUACCAAUUACAGAAGUCGAUGAGAAUGAAUAUUUCUCAGGAGUACAUCGACAUGCAAUAUUUGGAGCUUAGUAUUCCUUCAAAUACGAAAGGAGAUAGCAAGUUCCACAUAGACCCGAAUCAUCUUCAUAUUUGGCCAAGACAUGAAUUUAUGUUAAUAGCCCUAGCUAAUGAGGAUGGCUCAUUUACAUCAACAUUUUUCAGUCCUUGGUCCGUUAUCGAGUCUUUUGGAACUUCGUCAGACAAGUUUGUUGAGUUCUUCAAGUAUAAUUUUCCAGAUGCAUUUGAACUUAUGGGAGAAGAAAAGCUUAAGUAUGCUUUUGAAAGUCAACCAAGAGGUUCAUUAAUGCAAGUCAAUGCUUACCCUUAUCAUAAUCCAAACGGCAGGGCCUUGAUUAUAGGUGAUGCAGCCCAUCUGAUGGUCCCUUUCUACGGUCAGGGUAUGAAUUGUGGGUUUGAGGAUAUUCGUGUUCUAAUGGAAUUAAUAGAUAAGAAUAACGGAGAAGUCUCCGAGUCGUUUAAACAGUACUCGGAGCUUAGAGCCGAAGACUUAAAAACCAUCAGUAAAUUGGCUUUAGAUAACUACCACGAGAUGUCAUCCAAGGUUACAAAUGGAUGGUACCUAUUUAGAAAGAAGAUCGAUAAUAUGCUUGGUAGAUAUGGCAAUGGCUUAUUUCAGUGGAUUCCAAUGUACACCAUGAUUUCUUUUAGAGGUGACAUACCAUAUUCAAAAGCGGUCAAAAUUGAAAAGAGACAAACAAAAAUUCUCAACGCAAUUGAAGUUGGAACUAUUGCAGGGUUUAUUUUGUUUGGAGCCGCCAAAUUGGCUCAGCAUUACCAUAAACUAUCCAAUAAAUAG